CGUCGUUUGCGUUGUACAAACAUUCUUUCCUCUCCAUUUUAUUUUUAUUUCUAUUUUUUCUCUCCCCCUCCCCGUCUCCCCCCAAAAAAAUGCCGUCUAUUUAUUUUUCGUUUUAUUUUUUCCCACGUCCGUGUGCGCGUUACCUCUCUACCACACUCUUUCUCAUCGCAUUUGCCUACCCACAUGCCGUCCCGCUGUAUGCACGCAUCGCUCGGUGGACUAUGGAGGCUAUUUCACACCGUGCGGUUGAGGGGCGGUUUUUGAAUAUUUUCAAAUUUAAUUAUAUUAUUACGUGUGAAGAGAGUAAGGGAUGUGUCACGAGUCGCGACGUUCGUACUGCAUAAUAUCGUUAUUAUAUUAAAGCGUGCCGGCAAGCCGUCGUCCGGCUUAUGCACGCGACGCUUUAUUAUUAUUCUCGCCCCGGUUCUUUCGGUACCACCUAUAUGGGGGCGGGUGGUAUAAAUUAUGUUUUAGGAGAGCACUAAGCGAUAAACGUUUUUCCACCGUGGCCACGACGCUGGUUCUCGCCAUUUGCGCUUCUCACUUAUUUCGUAUUUUCUCAGAAAGCGCCGUUCCCGACAAUAACGAUACCUAACGAUAAUUAUAUCUAUAAUUAUAAGUUUUUGAAGAUUUUGCGUCAUUUACGAUCCGGCGAUGCGUCUUUUUCGUUCUCCCCAAUUCCCGGGGUUUGGUUGGGUGGUGGUCAACGGUUAGGUUAGGGUGCGACCCAUUCCUCGCCAUCGCUGUUUACCCGGCCGGAUUCCGUAAAAUCGAUCGUCUCGUUUCGCCCGGGCUCGCGUGGCGUUUUUCGUAGUAAUUUUCGUUUUUCGUUUCUCUCAUCUACCCGAGCUGGGUACCCCGACAACGACCAUUUUUUAUUUCACUCAGCAUUUUGCAUUCCCAGCACCGCAUUGAAACACAGUAGAGAUUCCAUUAAAAAACGGUUUCAAAAAAAAAAUAAUACAUCCCACGUUGCCGUCGUCGGAACGAAUACACAAACCUCAUUAUAAAUAACGAUGUGCGCCACUUGAGUACUACAAUUAUUUUACGGUCUCUUUUCACUAUUUUCGUUAUAAUGCCGCCUCGAAUAUCGUUUAUUAUCGGACAUAUCCUCGUAAAUCCCAGAGCCACAGCCCACAUUGUUAAUGUUCUUAAAAUUUUAAGACAUUUUUCAUCCGUCACAAAAAACGAUAGAACCUUGAUUUGACUAUUCUAUAAUAGUAGUAGGGAUAUAAUACUGAUAUCCUAACAGAUCCCGUUCCUCUUAAUAUCGUCGUCCCAAUAUAAUAUUAUAUUAACUAUUUCAAACGUUGUACUGAUUCUUGUCUGGGGUAUUAUUUAUUUUUUUGAUGAAAUUGUUUUUGGCGUCUUGUUUGGAGUUUAUAGCGUUUGUUCUGUACCAAUUCUAAUUACGAUUAAACAGAUGUAGAAUUAAUUAUUUGUAUAAUAUUAGAUUAUGGCGUAAAAACUAAAAUGUAUUUUAUUUUUAGGCACUGCAUUAACAAUCUAUAUGCGUCUUAUGCUCUUAUACCUACGCAAUAACCUAUUUUUAGAAUUAAUUUUACUGUACAAAAACAGAUUUAUAUAAUCUAUCAAAUAACCUUAAUAUUUCUAUUUUAAAGCAUUAUUGGUUAUUGCAUUUUUCGUUAUUGUUGGUCAUUUUAGUUGUUAUAAUAUUAAAUAUAAUAUUACAUCAUUUUCAUUAGGCACUUAUAUAUAUAUAAAAAAAAAACAUUAAAAUAAACUUCAAUUACUAUAAUGAACACUUACACGCCCUACAAAAAAGUUAAACGUGUGGUCCCUCUUCGAGUUGAAUUUUUGGGUGGUAACUGACUAUUGAUUUUUUAAUGAAAUGCCCAUCUGGACUUUACACUUAACGAGCGUCUGAAAUAUGUUUUCUGAAUGAUUGCAAUUUGAGAUUAAAUUGUCAAACUAAUGAUACUAUACAAAUAUAUCUAUUGAGUAAAAAAAAAUAUAUAUAAUUUAUAAAUCAAUACAAUUUGGAAUAAAAUAAAAGAAUUAUUUUAUUUCAUACAAGCAAUUUUUUCACAUUUUUAAAAAAUAUUACAGUAAUGAUUUUGUCUGAACAAAAUAAGAACAUAAAAUAAUAUGCUAGAGUUAGAACUUUAAUUAUUAUUUUAUUCUAAGUAAAAUGACUUAAUUAAAUCAAACAAGAAAAACAAUUAUGAAUUAUAUGAUGGGUAUUGGUAAAUAUUUAGUCUCAACCAAAACUAUAAAACACUGCGAAUAUAAAGUGUUAAUAGAAGUACAAUGACAGUUAAUGGCCAGCACUAUUGUCUGCGAUGGAACAAUUACCAAUCAAAUAUGACCUCUGUGUUUCAUCAACUUCUUCGAAAUGAAUCGUUUGUUGAUGUUACUCUUGCUUGCAAUGAGAGCACACUUAAAGCACACAAAGUUGUCUUAUCGGCUUGCUCAUCAUAUUUCCAAAAACUAUUGAUGGAUAACCCAUGUAAACAUCCAACCAUUAUACUGCCUUAUGAUGUUUGUUUUAACGAUCUUAAAUUCAUUAUAGAGUUUGUGUAUAGAGGCGAAAUUGAUGUGUCUCAAGCUGAAUUACAAUCUCUUCUAAAGACAGCUGACCAGUUAAAGAUUAAAGGACUAUGUGAAGUGCCCGAAGAUGAACGUGAUACAUCUAUUGUUGCCGAAGUAACUCCUUUGGGCCCUUUAAAAAGUGGUGGAAGAGUGUUCACAAAAUUACAACGCAGAACUUCUCCCUAUUCAAAAAAAAUGAGUCCUAAUCAAAUUCAACAGGAUCAGUUUAAUCGAAGUUAUUAUCGAAUUGAACAGUCGGGUUUUGCGCCUAUCAGUGUUGAUCAAGAAAACAAAUCUAUAAAUACUAUCCAUUGCAUGACUGUAGCAACAUCAACUGAAGAUGAUGAGAAAGAAAUGAAGUCGACACUAACAGAUAUGCCAGUGGUCAUACUAGAGCCACAUUCUACACUAAGUUUACAAGCCCAACAACAGCCCCAGAUAGUUCACAUACCUAUACCACAACAACAACAACAACAACAAAUGAGCCAUGUAACACAACAUACAAAUCAACCACAGUUACAACAAGCUGCAGUUCAAACUCAUUCACAAAUGAUUAUCACAACAGGUCCAGUUAUGACAGUAAAUGAAGCUGACAUUACGCCUGAUAUACAGCCUGUUGGACCAAGGGCAACACCAGUACCAGUAAAAAAUAACACAAGUCCCUCAUCAACUCCUACACAUAGAGAUAUGGCUGUUGGUACAUCGUGUUCAAAUGAUAUGAUGAGAAGUGAUGGAAGUGAAGGAAAAUUUGAAAGUGUUAAAUUUGAAACACUUCGUACUAUUGAUCAAUCAUCAGAUGCAAUUGGAAUAGAAAGACAACAUUCUAAUGACCGUAGUAUAAAUGAUGAAGACAAUUCAAUGCAUACAAUGAUGAUAACACCUGAACUUUUGGGAUUACUACCAAAUUCUUCUAAUACAGGAGAUGUCAGUGAAGAUAGUUCUAGUAACAAUAUUAACAAACAGUACGGUACAAAUGGUGGCAAAGGAUGGACAGCUGAUGACAUGGAAAACGCCUUAGAAGCAUUACGUUCACAUAAUAUGUCUUUGACCAAAGCAUCCAUAACAUUUGGGAUUCCUUCUACUACAUUGUGGCAGCGGGCUCACCGCGCUGGUAUAGAUACUCCUAAAAAGGAUGGACCAGCUAAAUCUUGGAAUGAUGAAGCUUUAAACAUUGCUUUAGAUGCUCUGCGUACUGGCACUAUCUCAGCAAAUAAAGCUAGUAAAGCUUAUGGCAUACCUAGUAGUACAUUAUACAAGAUUGCGCGGCGGGAAGGAAUUAGAUUAGCUGCUCCAUUCAAUGCAGCACCAACUUCUUGGGGUCAGGAGCAGUUAGACCAAGCAUUGCAUGCUAUACGAACUGGACAAACAACUGUGCAACGAGCUGCAGCCGACUAUGGUAUACCUUCUGGUACACUAUAUGGCCGGUGUAAACGUGAGAAAAUUGAACUGUCCCGCAGCAAUCCAACCCCAUGGUCUGAGGACGCUAUGAUGGAAGCUUUGGAAUCUGUGCGAUUAGGUCAUAUGAGUAUUAAUCAGGCAGCUAUACAUUAUAAUCUACCAUAUUCUUCGUUAUACGGGCGUUUCAAAAGGGUGAAAUAUGGAGCUGGACAUCCAGAUGAUGAUUGUGACGAUAUGAUUGAUUCAGAUACACAAAGCGAACAACAGCACAUUCAACAACAACAACAACAGCAGCAACAGCAGGCAAAUCAGCAAGUUCAGGCUACACCAGUGUCCCAAAUAAUGUUGGUUCAAUAUCCAGCACCACAGAUUCAAAUGUAUCAACAACAUCCAACUCAUUCAACCACUAGUUGAGAUGAAGUAAAAUACUUGCAGCCAUUGUGAUGUGUUAGAACUGCAAGUAUUCACUUUAAUAAUUUAUAAGUCUGACCGUUGUACUUUUUUUUUUAAAUUUAUCUGUGAUAUUUAAACAGCGAAAACAUAAUUGUUAUUCAAUGUUUUUAUUUGAUCUCUUAUAAUAUCUAUUUUAGGUUUUUAUGUAAAUAUCAAUAUUAAACUGAUAAAUAUUAUUAUA